AUGGCGCCUUCGCCCAACGUGAUUGUCACUGCCGCCUUCUCCCCCUCGCCGCCCUCCCUUCCCUCCACCCGGCCAUGUGGCCAGCCUCCCACUUACCGCUCCAACCCGGAGAACGGAGGUGAAGGGCAGCAGCCCGCCUCGAUGCCCCUCAAUGAAACUCCGCCGCUGCCGCGUCCAGGCGGCCAGAGGAGUCGGGCGCCGCGCAUAGCGCUCCUGCUGCCCAGCUCGCUCGCCUCGGGCCGGAUCGGGGCGCUGGCAACCGCCCGCCUGCCAACGUUAGCAAAGCAAUAUGGAAAUAUUUGCUGUGUGUGGCUAGGACAUCAGCCUGUGAUACUUAUGUCUGGAUUCCAAGCUGUAAAAGAAGUGCUGGUCAACCAUGAAGAAGCAUUCUCUGAGCGACCAUCGUCUAUUAUCGUAAAAACUGUAGGAAGAGAAAGGGGUAUUGUAGUUUCAAACGGUCACACCUGGAAGCAGCAGAGACGGUUUGCUGUAGUGACUCUGCGGAAGCUGGGACUGGGGAAGAAAGGCAUGGAGCACCAAAUACAAGAGGAGGCCCAGCAGCUGGUGGAGACAUUUGCAUGUGCAAAGGGGCAGCCAAUUGACCCUUCCUUGCCCAUCACCAAUGCAGUCUCCAACGUGAUUUGUGCUGUGACAUUUGGACACCGGUUUUCUCUUCAAGAUGAAAAAUUCCAGAAACUAGUUGAAGCUGUUGAUGUUGGCUUAAAAUUUAUAUUCAGCAGCUUUCAUAUUUUAUAUGAAAUGUUCCCAUGGAUCAUGAAGCAUCUUCCAGGACCUCACAAAAAAGCCAUUGCCGCCUUUGAAUUGGUGCUUUCAUUUGCAAGGGAGGAGACAGAGAAGCACAAGGAGCAAUCGUCCUUUCAUGAGCCACGGGAUUUCAUAGAUUUCUAUGUUCUUCAGAUGGAGAAAAGAAGGAAUGAACCCAACUCUACCUAUGAUGAAGAGAACCUGGUUCAAUGUAUUCACGACUUCUUUAUUGCGGGAACAGAGACAACUGCAACUUCUCUGAGAUGGGCACUUCUCCUCCUCACAAAUCAUCCAGAUAUCCAAGAUAAAGUCUACAAGGAGAUAGAAGAUGUUUUCAGUUCAUCAUGCUCAAUCUGCUACCAAGAUAUAAAGAAACUGCCCUACACUAAUGCUGUGAUUCACGAGAUGCAGCGUUCAAAAUAUAAUUUAUUAGUUGGACUUCCAAGACAAUGUACAAAGGAUGUGAAAGUGAACGGUUAUCUCAUUCCCAAGGGUGCUUAUAUUCUUGCAGAUCUGCGUUCUGUUCUUCUUGAUCCUGAGCGGUGGGAGACUCCGGAAGAGUUCAACCCAAACCAUUUUUUGGACAAGGAUGGACAUUUUGUGGCUAGAGAGGAAUUUCUACCAUUUGGUGCAGGGGCUCGGUUGUGUCCGGGGGAGCAGCUGGCAAAUAUUGAAAUCUUCAUCUUCUUGACCAGCCUGCUGAGGGCGUUCAGGUUGCAGCUGCCAGAAGGAGUGAACAAACUCAGUCCAGAUGCUAUACUAGGGCUCACAUUAUCUCCACAUCCUUAUAAAAUCUGUGCAGUUCCUCACCGUAGCUCUUCAUAA